AUGGAACACAAGAAACCCAACAAAGCCAGAUCGCGAAGUGGGAAGGUCAGGUCAGCCUGUCGGACAUGCAAAGUAAGGCGCAUCAAAUGCGACGAAGGAAAGCCUUCAUGCUCAAAAUGCAUCAAGUCUGGUCGACCAUGUGAUGGUUACGGCGUGCAGGUGACGAGCCUUGUUCAAGCCCGAGAGUCCUCUCUGUCAAGUCCAGACAUCCACUCCUAUAGAAGCGAAAAAGAGAACAGAGGAUUCGAUUACUUCAGAUAUAAAGCACUGUCUGAGUUGAUCGGGUUCGACACAAAGUCCGAUUUCUGGAGUCAUGUGGUUCUGCGGUUCAGUGAGGCUUCUCCUGCAGUGUUUCGAGCUGUGCUGAGCCUCAGUGCUCUUCACGAAACGACCUAUUGUCAAGGGUCGGAGACCACUAUGGAAAGCAUGACAUUUUUACGACAAUACAACAAAGCUAUCAGGCAAUUGUGCUCUCGUCAAACCAUACAGCCGGUGCAAUUCACGUUGACUUGCUGUAUCUUGUUCAUCUGCUUGGAAAAUCUGAGAGGAAAUUAUGAUGCAGCAUUACUACAUCUGGAAAAGGGACUCGAGGUACUGAAGCAUUGGCAUACACAGGACGUCACUUCCUCCGAACAGGAAGCACGAGAGUUCAUUACAAGAGCAUUUCAACGGCUCGAUAUGCAGGCCACAACAUUCCUAGAUUCUCGCCAACCACGAUUUAACAUAUCUUCCUUGGAUCAAGCUUCUACUAGGAUCACAAAUAAGCCGCUGUCAUUUGUGGACCUUCACCAAGCUCGAGCCACUUUGGAGGCCCUUGUUUCGAAGCUUUUUUACAUCAUUACCACGAAGUCGCAUCCCCAGCUUCAUUCAUGGUCGGCAGAAAAUACGUACUUACCCGCCAGGAAGUCUUUGCUGAACGGGCUUAGAGUUGAGUUCUUGAAGUGGAAGACGGUAUUCGACACUUUCUCGCACCAGGAGGGUCAGAACUGGCAAGAAGACGAACUUCGACUCAGCGUCUUACUUGCUCUGCAUCACCAUACCACUGCACUCAUGCUGGAUAUCAGAUACAAUACAGAUGUCGAUGGAAAAUACUAUGGCCCUCCAAAGGAUGAGGAAUGGACGAAAAUCAACGACAUCUGCCAGUCCAUGAUCAGCUCCUUGUCAACAUCCAAAUCCUCAUUUUCAGCGGAUAUGGGUCUCAUUGCUCCGCUAUACUUCACUGCUAUGCAAGCGGAUAAUCCUCGUAUCUCCCAGCGAGCCAUCGAUCUCCUCUAUCAGAUCAAAUGGAAAGAAGGUUUCUGGAAUGCAGGUACAGCGGCAAGGGUCGCAGAGAAAGCCUUGCGCGACCAAAUUACCGGCGCAUCCGGAGCCAACUCGACAGGCGGAAUUGCAGAGCUUGCGAAAGUCUAUUGCGUAACCUGCUGCUGA